AUGGCUGCCCUGAUAGUAUUUCAUAACAUUCUAAAUGAAGAAAAUGACAAACAGGCUCGUCGGGAGAGGGUUUUCCGAGACAGAACGCAGGUCCUCGAUACGAUGACCGAUGUGGAGCUUAUCGAGCGAUAUAGAUUCCCGCGGGUUAUCAUACUAGACCUUGUAAACGAUCUCAAGGAUCUUAUCCAGCCUAAAACUAAUAGAUCACACUCAAUUCCCGCACACAUUCAGCCCCCCUCCCCCCCCUUCCCUGACACAAACAUAUCGGGUAUACGUACAUUCAGAAUGUGUACAGUGUGUUAUCAAAGAGUACAACUGGGGCAACAUUACACUUUAUUUCAGGUUCUAACGUGUCUCAGAUUUCUAGCGAAAGGUGAUUACCUCUCAGAAGUAGCAGACCUUCACGGCAUUUCUAAAGCGUCGGCAUGUAUGAUCAUUCAUAGAGUAGUAGAUGCUAUAUGCAACACUUUGAAGAACAUAAAUUUUCCUACCUCCACCGAUGAACUGAGAAAGAUCAAAUCCCAGUUUUACAAGAUUGCAGGCUUCCCCAGUGUGGUUGGAGCAAUAGAUGGCACGCAGAUUCCAAUUCAGGGAAUGAGUUUGGAAGAUGAGCCGGUGUAUAUAUGUAGAAAAGGGUACCAUUCAAUCAAUGUGCAGGCUGUUGUUAAUCCCGAUUUAAGGUUUACAAAUGCCGUUUGCAAGUUCCCAGGGGCCACCCACGAUGCUUACAUUUUACAGAGCAGCUCGCUACCAAACCUUGUUUCCAGUCUUGAGGAUGGAGGAUGGCUUGUAGGGGAUUCUGGCUACCCUCUGAAAGAGUGGUUGAUGACCCCCCUAAGUAACCCCAGAACUGGACAGGAGGAGAAAUAUAAUAAUGCUCAUUGCAAGACCAGAAACGUGAUUGAGAGAGCAUUCGGUGUAUUGAAAGCACGCUUCAGGUGUUUGCACAAGACUGGAGGAGCAUUGCCAUAUAGACCAUCAAAGUGUAAAAGAAUUAUUGAAUGCACAAUGAGACUUCAUAAUCUUGCAAUUGAAACUGGUAUUCCGUUAUUGGAAGCAGUUGAUCAAGAAGAUGCAGAUGGAUUCCAGUUUGAAGAUCGUGAUAAUGCAAAUAGGACUGCUUCAGAAGUGCGCACAAGACUCAUUCAAUGA